GUGUGGUGUGGCAGGAUUUGACUCGGCGACUUUUUACCUCGCUGUUGGUGGUGUUUGCAGAAGGACAAGCAGGACCCGGACGGUGACAUCAUUAUGAGGCUUGAGUACGGUCUCCUGAACUCCUCGUCCCUGGAGCUGAUUGCGCGGAGAUGGUGGUGAGCAUAGCCAAGGGGUGCGAGGAGGAGGUGUGCAAAGUGGACAUGCAGACCGAGGUGGCGUUCCUGGAUGGUUCGGUCAUCAUAGGCAAGAUCAACCGGCUUGAGGUGACAGCAAGCAACAAGGGGGAACACGUGUACCUCCCCAGCCUAAUGGUGAGCCUGGCGCCGCCCCUCGUGGUCUUCCAGCCUCCUCACCAGUGCAUCUUCCACUCCUCCGAGCUUGUGUAUAACUUGACCAACCCUCUGAAGAGCAGUGCUGAGAGUGUGUGAAGCAGUUUGCCAACCUGGUCCUGGCCCUCAUGAUGCUGUUCGCCAGGUACAAUCACUGGAUGGUGGGCGACAAGUUUGAGAGACUCGCCCCCUCACUGCCAAGAAGUCACCCGCCGCAGCCGCCGAAGGGAAGGACGGAGGAACAGCCGCCAACUCCAUCGCUGGCGGCUCCACGUCUACUCUCGUCUCCUCCUCCUCCUCUCUCAACAUGGACGGUCGAAAAAGGAUGUUUAGUGUGGAGGUGUUUGAUUGGG